CUUCAGGAUCAUACGAUCUCAAGAAGAAGAUAUAUACUAGUCAGAACCCCUAGAAUCGAAGAACUCCGUUUGAGCUGGCCAAGUAAAAGUUUACAUGAUGGCUGAGGUAGCUGUUCUCAAUACGUGGGACUACGUCGCAAUUGUGUGCUACUUCAUGAUCGUGAUUGGAGCCGCAAUUUAUGCGCUAGUGACGACAAACAGAGGGACUGUUAGCGGUUAUUUUCUAGCUGGAAGGUUCAUGACAUGGCUGCCUGUCGGAGCCUCAAUCUUUGGUAGUAAUAUCGGCAGUGAACACUUUGUUGGUUUGGCAGGAGAUGCCGCAGCCAGUGGUCUAACACCAGGAGCUUUCGAAUUGAAUGCGCUGAGUCUUCUUCAACUAAUGGGGUUCCUAUUCAUACCAGUGUACAUUGCAUCAGGGGUUUGUACAUUGCCUGAGUUUAUGAUGAAGAGGUUUGGUGGGAGAAGGAUUCGGGUCUAUCUUGCGUGCAUGUCAAUCUUUGUUUACAUUGUAGCAAGAAUCUCGGCUACGGGCCGUCGGUGCCGUAGAGAUGUCAAGCACCGACGCAUAGAUAGUUCGGCAGUUGCAGAGCAUGCUUGGAAUGCAGAUCACCCUCCCAAUUGGGACGAGGUAAGCUGUAUAGCGCGGGAUAAGCACUGGUACACACGGCGUGUUAAAGAGGCUAUCCAAAUUCGUCUUCAUCCCAAUAAUGUGAACAGGGAUAACGGCAUUGACAUCCCUGAAGAAUGGCUUCCGACCAUUCGCCGACAUGCGCCCCCUACGACCGCCCAUUCAGCUACCACGAUGAUCAACAUCUUCCGUACUAUUGACCUUACGUAUGGGCGCCCUGCCCUAAGGCUAGCACGUAGACACGAGCGCUGUUCGAAGAAACUCGCGAGAUUCACCAACCACCUGACGUUCCUUACGCGCUGCAUCAAGAACUCCGUCAUCCCGAGAGACCUGAAGAUUCGCCCGCCAGUUCCUACCAAGACAGCAAGACUCAUCGCUUUGAAUACCUCCCGCCGCUUUCUCCGAGAAAGAAUCCGCCUGACUCGCAUGACUCUGAAGAGCAUCCAAUCCGAAGUAGAAUCUACUACCGCGAAAAUCAAGGCCAUACUCAACAAGGAACUUUGCGACAUGACCCUCCGUUACAAUGGCAACACUUACCGCGCCGAGUUUGAGAAGUGCAAAGCCCGCCAACAAGGCAAGUAUAACAAGCUCACUGAGCAGGGUAAGUCUGAUUCCGCGUGUACCGUUUCCGACACUAGAGUAGUCAACUUGUCCUCGCGUGUGUUGACUGCUGACGAGACCGCGCUGCUUAGCAAAGGGCUCAACUUUGCUAUAGCUCCCAAGCGCAUACCGGCUGUUGAGAUUAUCGCUAAGAUCGAAUCAUCCGUCCGUUGCCGUGAUGCCGAAACCAUCGGCUCAGUUCGCAGAGAGGUCAACGCGAUCCUCGCCUCCGCCAAACCACCGAAAUCCAAUGUUACACCCGGCAUGCACAAAGCCUUGAAAGCGCUCAAGGAAGAUAGCACCAUUAUGAUUCUGCCAGCCGACAAAGGCCGCGCUAGCGUGGUAAUGGAUACCAGUACUUACCGUGAUAAGAUUUCCGAACUUAUUAGCUCGGGUCCUUACCGCGCCUUACGAAAGGAUCCUACCGAUUGUCUUGCUCGCAAGCUUGCAACCAUUCUCCGCGAUUUACACAAGAAUGGUGAUAUCGACGAUGCGACCUACAGGGUACUUAGACCCACGCAAAAACAGCCUCCUAGGAUUUAUGGCUUACCGAAAAUUCACAAACCCGAUGUUCCGUUACGCCCGAUUGUUUCAUGCAUAAGCUCUUUCGCUUACAACACUUCUAAAUUACUAGCCGACAUACUCGCGCCGCUUGUUGGUAAUAAUCAACAUGCCGUCCGUAACUCCGCUUCUUUUGUGGAUUUCUUGCGCAAUCAGACCGUACUUGAGCAUGAAGUCAUGGUCUCUUUCGACGUGGUAUCUUUGUUUACCAAUGUACCCGUUGAAGCAGCAUGUGAUGUCGCCCUCCAGCGCCGGGAGGCCGACGCUAGCUUACCCGACCGUACCGAUCUUUCUCCUACCCAGGUCACUGAACUUCUUCGUUUCGUGUUGAAGUCCACGUAUUUCAUGUACGAUGGACGCUUCUAUGAACAGCAAGAAGGCGCGGCCAUGGGUAGCCCUGUUUCUGCUGUUAUUGCUAACCUUUACAUGGAAUCCUUUGAGGAGGAUGCGCUUCACGCUUGCCCACCCGAAUUCAGUCCGAGAAUUUGGAAGCGCUAUGUUGAUGAUACUUUCAUUGUUACCGACAGGUCUACAACCGAUUGCCUAUUGAAUUACGUGAACGCGCAGCAACCGUCUAUCCGUUUCACUAUGGAGAGAGAAGACAAUAACCGCAUUGCCUUCCUUGACACUCUUGUACACCGGGAUGAUGAGGGCCGCCUCACCACUACAGUUUCAGGUGGCCUGGCAGCAGUAAUGUAUACAGACACAGUGCAGGUCUUCAUUAUGAUACUUGGUGGAAUGACGCUCAUGAUUCUUAGUUUCGUUGAAGUAGGAGGUCUUCAUGAAUUGAAGGUCAAAUACUUUCAAGCGGUUUCAAACGGUACAUUAAAUACACCUAACUCGACGUGCGGUUAUCCGAGAUCGGAUGCAUUUCAAAUGCUUCGGGGUGCACAUCCGUAUAAUUCCGAUUUCCCAUGGCCUGGUUUCAUCAUUGGCCAGAGUAUGACUUCAAUUACUUAUUUCUGCGCUGAGCAGGUAAUGGUACAGCGCACUCUAUCGGCGAAGAGUCUUUCACACGCCCAAGGAGGAUGCAUCUUUGCUGGAUAUAUCAAGAUAUUACCACUCUUUAUGAUUGUUAUACCUGGCAUGAUAUCAAGAGUUCUGUUUACAGACAUUGUAGCGUGUUCAUCAGCAGAGGCAUGCCAGGCAGCAUGUGGGAACCCCAGGGGAUGUACCAAUAUGGCAUUCCCUUCGCUGGUUCUUGGAGUUAUGCCGAAUGGUCUUCGUGGGGUGAUGCUUGCUGUUAUGUUAGCAGCUAUUGUUAGUAGCUUGACGUCGUUUUUUAACAGUAUCAGUACUCUCUUCACGGUCGAUAUAUGGAACUACUUCCGAAAGAAGUUUUCUAAGAAAGAUCCUUCUGUUAAAGAAAUGAUGAUUGUCGGAAGAUUGAUUGUGCUCGUCAUGACGGUUCUCAGUGUGUUGUGGAUACCUGCUAUUGAACUGCUGCAAGGCGGUGACGGAUUAAACCGGUAUUUUACCCGGAUAGCCGGUAGAAUAACUCCCAGUGUUUGUGCAGUCUAUCUACUCGCCAUUUUGUGGCCAAGGGCCAAUGAACAGGGUACGUUCUGGGGACUGAUAGCGGGAGCGCUGACCGGUUUCACCCGGCUUAUACUGGAUUUCAUCUGGCCUGCACCGGUUUGUUGGGAAGAAGAUAACCGACCUCAUAUCCUCAAGCUUCAUUACUUCUACUUCAAUAUGAUCUUAUUUGCCGUGGUGUUUACAGUGGAUGUAACAGUUAGUCUUCUUACAGAACCGCCUCCACCGGAAAGGCUGAUUCGUACGACAUUUUGGACCCGUUUUAGCAAGGCUAAGCGAUCUGAUGAAGACGAAUUCAACGAUACCUCUGAUGAUGAUGAAGGGGCCAUUGAUUCUAAGCAAUUGGAUCUCGAGGAUAAAGACAUACCUAAAGACAAGGCGGAAGAUUCAACUGCUAAGGUAACAGAGGCAAAAAGCGGCUGCUCCCGGGCCAUGACUUGGUUCUGCGGCUACGGGGACGAGAGCGAUGAGAGUCAGCGAAAAGCAAGAGCAGAGGAGAAGCGAGUACGUCAGAUCACAACAUCGAUUGACCAGGACCCACAAGCCAAGAGAUUCAUUCAUAUUAACAUGAUAAUUCUCCUUGGUGUUUCUGUAUUUCUUUAUACUUUCUUCUCCAUGGACUGGAUUUAAGAUAUUAUGUAAUAUCAGGAACAAUUUAAGAAUUCCAUUUUGAAUGAUGAAUCUUGUGUGCCAUCUGUAAAUAUAUCACUUACUUGUAGUUCUAGUGUUAAAAACAU